CAUAGAUUUUAUACAAUAAAUCACUCACGACCUGCUACAACAACUGGUCUUCCCUAAUUUUUAUAGUCUAGGGUUUUGCUUACGCUCUUCGAUCAUCUUCCCAAUGUUCUACACCAACUUCCAUAUCAAAUUCCAGAGCAAUUUCAGGUGAUAUUUCUGUAAAUUUAUACUCUCAAAUCCGUAUGGAACUGGUGAUAUCAUCAAUGCCGAUAUGGACCUUAUCGAUUGAAAAUUCGUUGGCUGGUUCAUCUAGUUUUUACUCUUUGUGAUGUUGAUUAGUUUCUCAUCAGAUUUCUUCCGAUAUAAGUUGUUAUUAGAUUGAUGAAAGUAUUGAAUUGAUCAUUUACUCGGUCCAUAUGAUUCAUAUUUUCCAGUAGAUUUGUGGUAGUUUGAUGAUUAUGAUGUGCAAAGAGGUUGUAUCUGUAAUUAUUCUGGUCAAAAUCUAAAGCUCGAAUUGGGUAGGGAAGUUUUGUAUGCACUUAUUCCUCAAUUUGCAAAAGGUUCCGUAGCUUGAAUUGAACUGAUGACCUUCUGUCAUAGAAGAGUAAUCUCACUGGUUGUUUUAAGGUUCUCCCAGAUUCGUUCAUACUUCAGAGUUCAGGGAAUAAAAGAGUAGCCUUACCAAUUGUUUAAAGGCUCACACUGAUUCAUUCAUACUUAUAGGGCAUAAAAGAGUGAUCUUACUGGUAAUUCUGAGGUGUGAUUUGAUUUGUUCAUAAGAGCAAAAAAAAGAAAGAAAAUGUCACUUGUUUGUGGUUGUCCUAUUCUUGAAUGUGUGUACUGUUUGGGUUGUGCUCGUUGGGCAUGGAAGAAAUGUCUUUAUACCGCAGGUCGAGAAAGUGAGAACUGGGGUUUUGCGACUGCAACUGAAUUCGAUCCCGUACCCCGAAUUUGUAGAUAUAUUUUAGCUGUUUAUGAGUUUGAUAUUCGCAACCCUCUCUGGGCUCCUCCAGGAGGAUAUGGGAUUGAUCCUGAUCAGGUGAUUUUGAAGAAAGAUUACGAUGAAAAUCAAGGGAAGGUAUCUCCUUAUAUGAUUUAUAUCGAUAAUGAUAAGCAAGAGAUACUUUUGCUCAUUAGUGGGCUUAAUUUAGCGAAAGAAAGUGAUUAUUUACUUUUACUCGAUGACAAAUUGGGGCAGGCAAAGUUCGAUGGAGGGUAUGUUCAUAAUGGGUUAUUGAAGGCUGCUCAAUGGGUGUUUGAAAACGAAUGUGAGGUUUUGAAAGAGUUGGUCGAAAGGUAUGAGGAUUAUACGUUGACUUUUGCCGGGCAUUCAUUAGGGGCAGGGGUGGUCACUUUGUUGACAAUUUUGGCAGUGAAAAACCGCGAUAGAAUUGGGAAUAUUGAGAGGAAAAGGAUCAAAUGUUUCGCCAUUGCUCCCGCUAGGUGUGUGUCCCUAAAUUUGGCCGUGAGAUAUGCAGAUGUCAUCAAUUCGGUCGUUCUUCAGGAUGAUUUCAUGCCCCGAACAAGUGUAGCGUUGGAAGUACUCUUCAAAUCACUUUUCUGUUUCCCGUGCAUACUAUGUGGCACUUGCUUAAAGGAAACGUGCACGCUACAGGAGCAUAUGCUUCAAGAUCCGAGGCGUUUAUAUGCACCUGGUCGCCUUUAUCAUGUUAUCGUGAGGAAGCCAUUCGGGGUUGGAAGAAUAUCACCGGUUGUGAAGACGGCAGUACCCGUGGAUGGGAGAUUCGAGCACAUGGUUCUCUCGUGUCAUGUUCUUAGUGAUCAUUCUAUUGCUCUCAUGGAACAGGAGUUCCAAAAUGCACUUGAUACGUUGAAGGAGAAAGAUCGUGUUAUGGAUAUCCCGCCACAGCAAAGGAUGGAACGAAGUACAUCGUUAGCCAUUGAGCACUCGGUGGAAUACAAAGCCGCAUUAGCGAGGGCCGCUGCACUAGAAGUUCCAGAAGCUUACUCGCCCACCGAAUACGGAACCUUCCGGAAUGUUCAGGGAGGAGACGAAUCCAAGAAAUUGCCGAUCGAAUCGCUUGGGUCCUCGAGACGGAGAGAAAGCUGGGACGAGUUAGCUGGUCGGAUUUUUGAGACCGAUGAAUCCGGCCAAAUGGUACUGAAAACCAACUGGUAUUGAAGUUUAGAUUUUUAGAGGAAUAUGUAUUUGAAAAAUCACCAUUCUUUUUGUAUCAUGUAUUUGUACAGUUUUUUGGGUUAGUUUGGUCAUUUUGAUGCU